UGUUUUAUUACUCAUUUCUUCUGCUUAGAACGAGACAUUGCUGCUUUUCCAACAGUAUUGUAAGAGUAACACAAAUAAUAUUCAUAAUAAUAUUCAUAUUCAUAUUCAUAUUCAUAUUCAUAUUCAUAUUCAUAUUCAUAUUCAAAUUCAUAAUAAUAUUCACAAUACCAUUCACAACAACAUUCUCAUCCUGCUUUUAUAGACUUUAUACUCCAGUUUUCUCGUCUCAUCUCAACCAUGGCCACGAACAAACCAAGCGACUCUACGUUACGUUUAGGAUCAAUUGCUCCCAAUUUUGAAAGCGACAGCUCGAAUGGAAAGAUCAAUUUCUAUGAGUAUGUUGGUGAUUCGUGGUGCAUUUUAUUCUCGCACCCUGACGAUUUCACCCCGGUUUGCACUACAGAAUUAGGUGCCUUUGCAAAACUAGAACCAGAGUUCACCAAGAGAAACGUCAAGCUAAUUGGGUUAUCUGUUAACGAUACCAAAAUGCAUAAGGCAUGGAUAGAGGAUAUCAACGAAAUAACUGGGUCGUUCUUGAGCUUUCCCAUUGUUUCUGAUCCCAAACGAGAAAUCUCGCACAAGUACGACAUGAUUGACUUUCAAGACUCGACCAAUGUCGACGACAAGGGCUUGCAGUUGACCAUCAGAAGCGUCUUCAUCAUCGACCCCAAAAAAACUAUCCGACUCAUAAUGACCUAUCCUGCCUCCACUGGAAGAAACACUGCUGAGGUUCUCAGGUGCGUCGACUCUUUGCAAGCCUGCGACAACUACAAGAUAGCCACUCCCAUCAACUGGAUUCCUGGCGACGACGUUAUCGUCCACAACUCGCUCAACAACGACGAGGCCAAAAAGCUCUUCCCCAAGUUCAGGGCCAUCAAGCCCUACCUACGCUUGACUCCCCUCGAUAUCCAGGAAUUGAACAAGAACCACAAGCUCUGAUGCUGCAACAGCAC